CUCUACGGUCCGGGUGGAAAGCGCAUCUUCUCAUUCAAAACCAUGAGCUGACACUAAACUGCGCUGGAGAGAGAUUAUAUGAAAAUAAUAAUUCACAGUCACACGCAGCAUUAGUACAUCAAAAUAGACGAGAUUAUAUAUGUUAUUACAUUCUUUACGAUUCGUGUGAAAAGCGCCCCCCGAUGGAUGUCCUGCCCCUCUCCGCUCUGCUGCUCAGCCUGGCUCUGACCGCCUCCUGUGACUCCAGGAAAGAGAGACGAGAUUCCAGCCUGGAGAUCUAUAAGCGCUUGUUUGAGACGAAGCGACGAGACCAGCUGACCGCCCUGAAGAACCUGGUGGAGCUGAAUGAUGUGAACCAGCAGUACAAGAUCAUCGACAUCAUGCUAAAGGGCUUGUUCAAGGUGCUGGAGGACUCCAGAGCCAUUCUCAUUGCUGCCAAUGUGCAGCCAGACGACGCCUUCCCUCAGGAGGAGAAACUCAAGGAAGCGUACUCGCACGUCGUUGAGAACACAGCGUUCUUCGGGGACGUGGCUCUGCGCUUCCCCCGCAUCGUGCAUCACUACUACGACCGCAACUCCAACUGGAACCUGCUGCUGCGCUGGGGCCUGGGCUUCUGCAACCUGACCGGCCUCUUCCAGGGGGGGCAGGGGGGGCACGGGGAGGUGCUGACACUGAUGGCUCAGGAGUUGGGGAUCAGUGAGAAAUCUCCAGACUUCAUCAACCCGUACCGCACCGAGAGAGACGAGGUGCUGCACACGGCCGACGAGUUCCAGAAAGUUCUCCGGGAGGAAGAGAAGAGACGCAGGAAAGAGGAGAGGAGGAAAGAGAUCCGGAAGGGACCCCGCAUCUCACGAUCAGAACUGUAGAGAAGAGGGGGAGAGAGAGAGAGAGAGAGAGAGAGAGAGGAGGAGGAGGAGGAGGAGGAGGAGGAGGAGGAGGAGGAGGAAGAGAGGAGAGAGAUCUGCCAGGGACCCGCAUCUCACAAUCAGAGCUGUAGAGAGGAGAGAGAGAGAGAGAGAGAGAGAGAGAGAGAGAGAGAGAGAAGGAGGAGGAGGAGGAGGAGGAGAGGAGAGGAGAGGAGAGGAGGAGAAGGAGAGAGAUCUGCCAGGGACCCCGCAUCUCAUGAUCAGAGCUGUAGAGAAGAGGGGGAGAGAGAGAGAGAGAGAGAGGGAGAGGAGAGGAGAGGGAGCGAGAUCUGCAAGGGACCCUGCAUCUCACGAUCAGAGCUGUAGAGAAGAGGGAGAGAGAGAGGAGGAGGAGGGAGAGGAGAGGAGAGGAGAGGAGAGGAGAGGAGAGAGAUCUGCCAGGGACCCGCAUCUCACAAUCAGAGCUGUAGAGAAGAGGGGGAGAGAGAGAGAGGAGGAGGAGGAGGAGGAGAGGAGGAGAGGAGAAGGAGAGAGAUCUGCCAGGGACCCCCACAUCUCACGAUCAGAGCUGUAGAGAAGAGAGAGAGAGAGAGAGAGAGAGAGAGAGAGAGAGAGAGGAGGAGGAGAGGAGAGGAGGAAGAGAAGGAGAGAGAUCUGCCAGGGACCCCGCAUCUCACAAUCAGAGCUGUAGAGAAGAGAGGGAGAGAGAGGAGGAGAGGAGAGGAGAGGAGAGGAGGAGAAAGAUCUGCAAGGGACCCCGCAUCUCACGAUCAGAGCUGUAGAGAGGAGAGGAGGAGAGAGGAGAGGGGAGGAGGAGAGGAGAGUGAUCUGCCAGGGACCCCGCAUCUCACAAUCAGAGCUCUUCUGACUCUUACACUGUGUACAGAAACGACGUGCGAGGGGUUUCUUCAUGUUGAAAGGGUUUCUUUUGUUUGUUUGAUUCAAUUUUUAGGAAUUGUUUUGCUGUGGAAGAUCAGCUGACUUUUUUUUUUAAGAUUUCAUUUUUUUUUAAGCCAAUCCCUGGGCCAAAAUAAAUAAGAAAAUAAAAUAAUAACUGCCACAUUUAAAUCUCUAGCGAAUCAAACAACCCAAUUACUCUCACUGUACAAAUCUCAAUCCGUGCCAUUUCUGUUUUUAAAAUCAAUUCUCAAUCUCCAAUUCCAAUAUAAAUCAAUCCCAGCCCACGUCUCUGAUCAGAUCGAUCAGGAUCUCCGUCCGCAGCUCUGUGUUAAAAUGAGCUUCAAACAAACAGAGGCAACAAACGACUUCAACUGAAGAAACCGCUGUGUGUCUGUCUGUCUGUCUGUCUGUCUGUGUGAAUGCCUGUCUGUCUGUCUGUCUGUGUCUCUGUCUGUCCUGUCUGU